AUGAAACAUGUAGGAAAUGGGGAUUUGGAGAGCAUGUUGCUGUCAGAAGAACGUGAGCAUCCUGAAGUCAGAAAGUGGAGCUGUCGACUGAAGAUGAGUUUGGAAAUUGCAAAGGGAAUGGACUUUUUGCACAGUCUCAACCCUUCAAUUAUACACAGAGACUUGAAAACAGCCAAUGUUUCAGUUGAUUGCAAUUACUUCUGCAAGAUUAUAGACUUUGGAUUGUCAACAAUGAGAGGAAUUUCAAGACGAUCAGCAGUUCAAUCGAGCAGUAUCUCAACUGUGAUGGGAACCGUUGCAUUCACUGCCCCAGAAGUCUUUCUAGACAAAGUAGAGAAGAAACAAGAAACGAAGAUUGAUGUUUAUUCGUUUUCUAUCAUUCUGAGGCAACUGAAAGAAAUGAAGCCUGUUUAUGCUACAAUGAGCAGUGCAGUGAUUCAUGCAAAUGUCCUGGCUAACCAGAGACCUAAACUGAGUGACAACAACUGCAGUAAAGGCUUUCGACAAUUAAUUACUCGUUGCUGGAGUGAUCAGCCAGACAGCAGGCUAGAUUUUGGAGAAAUAAUUACAAUGUUUGAAGGGAUCAUAGGACAAACAUCCAUCUCGUGCAAUCAGAGCAGCCGUGGUGGCAUAGACAAUUUAGCUACAGAAGUAGAUACUGCUUCAAUGUUGCUUGACUCUUUUGAUGAAUCAAAUUUGGGAUCAACUGCUUCAAGUUCUGUUUCAACGCUUUCCGAUGUGGUGCCACAUUCAGGUUCUUCCAGGGCAGCAUUAUCAAAUACCGUAUUUGGAUCGAGUCCCAGUCGUACCAGUACAACUCUGCCAUUUACAUCAUCUGUGUCAUCUGUGACUCAAAGUGAAUUUGAUAUUCCAACAACUGCAUCAGUCAACUUUUUACCCUCUUUACUUUCUCUUUCUUUACACGAAAGAAGUGGUCCCAUUAUGCCUCGUGUGUCAUAUGGUAUGGGUGGGUUUUUGGACCCUCUCCCAGUGAAAAAUAUUGUAGCAGUUGAAGAGUCUGCAGACAGAAUAGGUGAUACCCUUUUACAUGGUCAUCAUGAUUUAGAUAAUAGGUUAUCUUUUGUUGAAACAGCACAACAGAAACCUGGACGGAUUGCUGAGGAGGAGGCUCAUCUUUUACCGAAAAGGUGGACACAGUUGCCCCAACUACCAAAGAGGCAUGGCUUUCUUAAUUGUAUCGGCACAGUCAAAGGCAAGGUGGUAGUUAGUGGCUUUUAUAACUUAUACCUUUGUGAUAUCCUGUCAAGCGACAAAGCAACUGUUCCCAAAUCAGGAGCUCGAAUUCAAACAGUUUUUACAGCCAACGAUUGCCUGUUUGCCACUUAUUAUCUCCAACGCAAUAGUGGUACUGGCUGGAGCUUGAAAAUUGUGCAUAUGAUAUUGAUAAUAACGUGUGGGGUGAUUUCUGUUCCUUGGAAAUUGGGUCACAACUGGAAUGCUUCAGUGCUGUUUCGGAUGGUGACAAAAAUAUAUAUCAUUGGAGGUGAAUAUCAGUCUGGCACAUUGGGCAAUGUGUUGAUCUAUGAUAUGCGAAGAGGUCAGCAGUCUGUUAGUGCAAAGCUCAAGCAGGCAAGAAAAUUGUGUAGAGGUCUUAUUAUCGAUAACAUGCUUUGUGUUGUCGGAGGAUAGGCCGGCCAGUACAUUAACUCUGUAUAAGCCAUGUCCCUUCCUGACCUUCAUUUGCUUAGUCUGCCUGCAACAUCACUGUAUGGCUGCUCUUGUGCUGUGGCAUCAGGAAAGCUCGUGGUUGGUGGAGGAAGAAUGAUGCCUCAAUAUAAUGGACUGAUAGGAAAUAAUGUAUCGUGGUUGGACAGCUGGCCUGGUGUUUGGCAGCAGUUGCCAUCGAUGAGCGAUCCUCAUUUUCUGCAUGGGAUGUGCACUUUUGCAGAUGAAAUCAUUCUAGCAGCCAGAGGGAUGCGUGAUGGCACACUGUCGGAUCUGAACACUGUCAAGGCAUUGAAUAUGGAACAGUAGUUUGUAAGCAACGCAUAAGUUUGCUGUGUAAGAGGAAAGAAGACUCAGGAGGUCCCAGAGUUUGGCAAUGAGUGUGUUUGCUAUAACUGUAUUACUACUCGCUUUUCAGCAUAUUGGUGCAAUCAAGCAAACCUGUUAUGCUGCAAUAUAAUUGAUAUCAAUUUUGGUAGACUGGAUAUUUUAGGUGUGGAAUGUUAUGCAUUGUUUAUUAAUUUGUUGUGAUGUUCAUGUAUUAAAUUUGGUUCACUUGUACCGUAUUGAGUGAAAUGGAAUCAGUUUAGCCAGAAGGCAUUUGAUCCAAUACAUGCCAAGAUUUAGCCUCGUCCCCAGACCCAUGUAAGCCUGGCAGUGUCCGGUUCC